AUGGAAAACAUCCCAUACUCUAGUGCCAUAGGAUCAGUGAUGUAUUCAAUGAUAAGCACUAGGCCUGAUCUUUCAUUUGCAAUAUCUCUAUUAAGUAGGUUUAUGUCAAAUCCAGGAAUAGAGCAUUGGGUUGCCUUAAAAUGGACACUUAGAUACAUUAACACUACAAUGCAUGUUGGAUUAGAGUAUUGCAAAAGAACUCUUGCACUUGAUCUUGUUGGGUAUGUGGAUUCUGACUUUGGAGGAGAUCGUGAUUCAAGGAAGUCCACCACAGCUUAUUAUUUCACUUUAGGUGGAAACUGCAUUAGCUGGAAAUCCCAGCUUCAACCAUUAGUGUCACUGUCCAUAACAGAAGCUGAUCAGAGUGCCAUUCAUCUAAGUAAAAACCCAGUAUACCAUGAGAGGAUGAAGCAUGUGGAUGUAAAGUAUCAUUUUGUUCGAGAUCAGAUUUCAAAGGGAACUGUCAACCUGCUAAAAAUUCCAACUGAAGAAAAUCCAUCUGAUAUGGGAACCAAAGUUGUAAUUGCUGUAAAGUUCAAGCACUACUUGAACAUUCUUCACAUCAACUGA